AUGAUUCCUGGUAAAGAUGUAGCAACAUUUUUUAAUUUGAGGACUGGAAGAGUAGCUUGCUGCAGCCGGAAUCCAACUGGGGCGUUUCAUGCAGCCUCUGAAAAGAUUACCGGUGUUCAACUUCCGAUUCAGCCUCUGGAAACUCUUGUUUGUUAUUGGAGGAUAAAGGAAGGAUAUGAAGGGAAAUUGUCAAUUUGGGGCGAGUUUCCGACGUUUGCUAGCUUGGGUAGGGUUUGUUUGUAUGGAUCUCCGAGUUUGGAGUAUCCGGGUUUGAUUAAAGUGGCGGUUCAUAGCGGUAACCCGUGUGAUCCGGAUAAGAGACCGUGGGGUUCUGGUGUGAUGAUGGAUGAGAUGAAAGAGUGGAUUGAAGGGAGAUUUUGUGGGUUGGUUGAUUCAACCGAGCCUGUGAUGAAACAGUCUUGUAUGUAUUCAAUGACACCGGAUGAGGAUUUUGUGAUUGAUUUCUUGGGUGGUGAGUUUGGGAAGAAUGUGGUUUUGGGUGCAGGGUUUUCGGGUCACGGGUUUAAGAUGGCUCCGGUUAUUGGGAAGAUAUUGACUGAGCUUGCGGUGGAUGGGCAAACUAAUGAAGUUGAUUUGAAGCAUUUUAGGAUUGGAAGAUUCAAUGCGAGUUCCAAGCUUUAGGUAACUUUCUUGUCG